AUGUCCGAACGGGAGCGCUCCAGAUCGGCUGAGCGGGGAGCAGAAGGAAGAGUAGGGACUCCAGAGCUGCGAUGUGGAGAUGUACUCUUAGACUUCGAUGUGCAGCGGCACAUGGAAUUCCGAAGAAGUAGGCAGCCAGUUUUUGGGCUGCCCAUGGGCACCUUGCCUUCAAAUCCGCAGCAAAACUCGCAGCUGGGAGCACCUUUCGCCUAUGUCCCCGAGCAGUUGCAGCGUUCGGGGGCCGAGACCGCAUCUUUGCAGUCAGAAGUCUUCGCGGACUUGAGCUCCCGUGGAUAUUUUGUUGUUAGUGCUGUUCGUCAUGGAUUCGACUUUGUCAUCUAUGAAGGGGAUCCUAUCCGUCACCAUGGUUCCUCCUUUGUGGUUGUCUUGGAGUCCUCUCAGAGCAUCUGCCCCCGACAGCUUGUUUUGUGGCACAGGCUCGCAGCAUCUGCACACAAGGUCCUGCUGCUGGCCCUGCGGACCUCCCGAAACACGUGCGGCGAAAAGAGCUUGCGAUAUUUGAAGCUUUCCGGAGAUGAACGUUGA